AUGUAACAUAUGGUGAUGGAAUUUGGAGACCAAAAGUUAGUUACUGUGUACUUGAAUGUUUCAAUAAUUAUUUUUAUUCCUCUUUUUACUUUAGAAUCUUCUCCCCAUUUACCAGCACCAAAGGAUGUGAUGAUUUAUUCCUAUAACUUUCAUAGUUGGCUGAGGUGGUCUCCUGUUAAAGUGGAUAGAGGCUUGGUGUUAUAUACAGUCCAUUUUAAAACAGGGGCCUUUAACUGGUGGGAUGAGAUGAACUGCACCCGUAUCGCCCAGACGGAAUGCAGUUUCCCCUGGUCGCUUAAGGAGCGGCGCUGGACUGUGUUUUUGCGUGUGAGAGCUGAGCUAGGGCAAGAGACUUCUGACUGGGUGGAAACAGAUCCAUUUGUGGCAGAGAGAAACACUACUAUAGGACCCCCCAAAGUGAACAGCGUGACUGUAAGCUCUGACUCACUUGUAAUUAGUGUCACACCCCCUUUUGGAUCUGAAACAGGCGACUUUCUUCAGUAUCAUGUGUUGUACUGGGAGAAUGCAACAAGUACUACUAAAAAAGAGAUGAAGACAAGCAAUACACUAUUCAAAAUUGAAAAUCUAAAGGAAUUGACACUUUAUUGUUUUAGAAUACGAGUAGAAUUGAUGACGCAUUCAGAUCUCCAGUUAUUUGGACUGCAAAGUGUCCCAGAGUGUAGCAGAACUUCAGUCAGUGAGGCAACCAGAGCUGGAUAUAUUAUACUAAUAUUUGUGUUGGUGUUACUCGCGGUACAUCUGGUAACUGUUGGUUUGUUUCUUCUAUGGAGACACAAAAAAACAAUUAAAUAUUUGUCUCAGCCACCUUUAGGAAUCCCAUCACACUUUGAAGAGUAUUUGAAAGACCCUAGCAUGCCUGUUUUAGAGGUGUUGGACAAUUACAUCGAGGAUGAGCCCCACGAUUCCUUCUCUCUUGUGUUUUGUGGAGAAGAAAGCCAAGCUGGCGGCAACAGUUUGGAUGGCCAUGCUCAUUCACACAGCAUCUCCAGUGACAGUGAAGUAACUUAAGCGGUGCCCUGGCAAGAAUGCCUGUACCAAGUCUUUGCAGAGGUUCCCGCUCAUGAGCAGCGCUCUGUGGCUACUGGCAGGACAGGUGACGAGCUCGGGACAAAAUGCAGCUGCUGACAAAUCCCAAGCACGAUGUUGCUUCCUGAGAACAGCCUGGACCCCGAGCCUGUGUUUUAACAGCCUCUGCUGUGCUAGAACAGCAACUGUGUUUGCCAAAAAGACGUAAGGGGUAGAACGUGAAACGGAAAUGAACACUAAAUUGCCCAAAGACAGAUGCUUAUAAAAUGCUUAUAGUAACACCAUCGUAUUUCCCACCCCAAAUUGAAAUAAAGCUUUGAGAAAUAAUGGCACUUUGUGGUAGGAUGUAAUACAACCUGAAAUUCUUCACUUCAGUGAGUGAGUAAUUGCACUGUGAAUUACUUUAAUCAUGGCUUUUGUUCUGUUGCCUUAUUUGUGCAGACUGUGUACCACUCAAUGUGUAUUAUAUCCACCCCAGUAUGCUUUUCUGAAUCAUUUUUAGUACACGCAGUCUUCUAUGGCAGUUUAAAAAGAAACUUUAAAGUACUUUACUCUCCUGGGCAAAGAAAACUGCUCCUACUAUCUGCCUCCUAACACAUUCGUAAGAAGCAUUAAUCAUGCGUGAGACAGCACAGGCAAACUUUUUACAAUAAUUUUGCUCAGAAUGUAUAUAAUUUGUAUCAGUAAUUAUCAGACACUAAAAUCUCUUGUUGAAUAUCAGAUUAGUCCUGCAAAUGAAAAGUUGACUGAGAGUUCUGGUUUGUGUCCCUUAAAGCAGAAGACUGCAAGUUAAGCCUCCCAUCACACUCCUGUGGGGUCUGGGAGGAGUCUAAUAAAACACAAAGAACAAGUGAACCACUUCUGUACUAAAAUGAUUGUUUUUAUUUGUUUGUUUGACCUUUUUCCUGGGUUUGGUACAAGUUGUUUAAAAAAAAAAAAACUGCUUGGUUAUUUGCAGAUGACUUGUUCAAAGGUCUGUUAAUGAACCUGGUCGCUGUCAGAGCUGUGGGUUAUGGGAGGUAAUGCUGUUCUACCGCUUCCGGGAAUACACAAGACUAGUAUGACAAAUCAGUAACACUUUUUUUUUCCCUAAAAGCUUCGUGAGGUUGUUCCCUUGUGCUUAGGCAACAUGCCAAGACAAUGUAGUUGUCUGACGACUUAGUCAUAAUUCAAGCCUGGUACAAAUUUUCAAGUGAGCCACAAGCUGCACAACACCUGCUUUUAAGUUCAUCCACAUUCUUUUCAUAUACUGUGCCGUAAACAAAGAACCACAAGCUCACAAAAGGAACAACCUAAAUGCACGCCAGCGGACAUAAAUAAGGCAGCAGUUAAAACCUCACCCGUGACUAUUUAGCAAUACAGCAUACAACUUCCUGAAUAAGUCCUACACUAGACUUCUGUUAGAGAGAGUUGUUACUGCAUAUUUUCAGUUACACAAACAGGCCAAGAUUAAAAACCUCUUGUUAGGAGUAACUCAAGGGCUGUCUUCACAACUGGUGCUGUAGCAGGCCAAGGUGUUUUACCUAAAAUGAGCUUCACUAUUUUGCAAACGUAAGAGCAAGUUUAUUGCAGUUUUCUGAAAUUACAACCCAACAGUCAACUGAUGUACAACGCUGUGAUAAGCACCAGUGACUGUAUCGGAACUCACUGCAGGAUGGUGAAACGGGGAUGAAGUUAAUCUAGCCAGUAGCACAAUUUCAGCCACAGUAUUUGCUUCAUAUUCUGUCCACUGGAGAGAUUCCCACAAGGGAGCAGUUAGAUGACUAACAGCAUACAGUAACCACACACAGAAGUUAUGGUCUGCAGUUCGCUACCAUUUGGUCAGCAGUCUUGAUACAUGGAAAGUUACAAAAGCUUUUAGACGCAAGGCAGAUUUGAACGCUUUAAAAACCACAUAGAACUCAUGAGACAAGGAAGUCGCCGCCAGCAAGAUGAAUCCACAAGAUCAGUCCGCAGCUGUAAAACAUCACUGUUCUCCCUCUCUGUAUACUCCAGCUAGAAGAAACUGGGUUUCAAUAAUGGAAGCAUUCCCAUAAAGUGCCCGUGAAAUUUAGGAGAUAAAUACAUUUUAACUGGGGCAAAUGGCAGUCCUAAAACUGGCAAUUAUUUCAAGGUAAGAUUGUGAGCAAUAAAUAUAUCUCCACUUGAAAUGCUCACCUUUUAAACAGAAAAGGUAAUGGCUAGCAGGAUAACUGUUCAUUUAUCAGCAAAAAGCUUCCCCUGAGGAAAAUUACGCUAGCAUCAUUUGAAAGAUGUUAGUCUGACUCUGAUUUAUUCUUUAUAUUCCUUAAGUAUGACUGGCAUCAGUUUGAUUUUUUUUUUUUUUUUUUAAUUCUAGCAUCAGUACGUACGUUAAAUACUAAUUGGUAUCUAUUACAAUGAACAGCAUGAAAUUAAUUCUAAGGACUGCGGUGCUACCAAAUGUCGUUUGUGCUAUAGCAAUCAGAAGUCAAGAACAGUUUGAUUUGCCAUGCAGAAGCCACUUAGUCUAGGGCCCUGUUUAAAAAUUCAUAACCCUUUAAAAAAAAGUAGCUACCUUUUAUUUUUCUGAACAGUUAUAUAAAAUUCUUAAAAUCAGUUCUUAUCUCAGCAUACAGUAGAAUUUACCCUCAUUAGAUGCAGGCUUAGCUGGGUCACUUCUAUGCACUGACUACUCCGUCGGGUUACACCGGCAGCCCUUGCGGUCAGCCCUUGCAAAAAUUGGCUCUAGCUCACCUUUGCGGGAAGGUAGCAACCCCUUUUACAGGGUACAGGCUCUACCCGCUUGUUCGCCAACAGUUCCACUGAAGUCUCUGACGCACGUGAAGGUUUGGAAGAUCGAGUUGUAGGAGUUGCUGGAAACCCACGUGUUAGAAGACAUAAGCCUGAGGAUUUCAGAAAGAAAGCCUGACAUUCCCUUUUUAAGAUAUAUACAGUCAUAUGUACAUAUUCACAAAUCUGUCCUGUGAAAAGAGGGAGCUUAUUACAGAAACUGUAAUUUGUCUCCGUUCAUACAAUUUAGAAAGCAAAACAAGAACAAAUAAAAGUAAAUAUAUCUACAUACAUAGUACAACAUAGCAACUAUGGAAUAGACAAUGCUAUAUGUGAGCUCUCAUCCCCACAAGUCUUCUGUUCUUCCAAACUUGUAGAUCAGAGUACUAAAGGGGGG